AUGGCUGCCCAGGAGCUUCGUCAUGCCAAACGUGUGUUAGCUGUCACUGGCGCUGGUAUUUCUGCCGAUUCUGGACUGCCAACAUAUCGUGGCAUUGGCGGUCUAUAUAGUGACGGAAAAGAGACUGAAGACGGAAUGGCAAUCGAGGAGGCACUCUCCGGUUACAUAAUGAAUACACGACCAGAUAUCUGCUGGAAAUAUAUUUAUCAAAUCGAAUCGGCUUGUCGUGCUGCCAAGCCUAACGCUGCACAUAAGGCACUUGUAGCACUUCAGUCGAAGUUUGAACAAUUCACUGUACUUACACAAAAUGUUGAUGGUCUGCACAGAAGUGCUGGUACGAAAAAUCUUAUCGAAAUUCAUGGUAAUAUUCAAGAUUUGUUUUGUACUUCUUGUGGUCAUGAAAAAUAUGUUACCAACUUUGAAAGCAUGAAAAUUCCACCUGAUUGUGAGCGCUGUGGUGCACUCGUACGUCCACGUGUCGUUUUAUUUGGUGAGAUGUUACCAAUGCGUGCAGUAAGUAAACUUUAUGAAAUAAUGGAACAAGGUUUAGACGCUGUUAUUAGCAUUGGUACUACUAGUGUAUUUCCAUAUAUUGCGGAGCCAGUGCUACGAGCUGCACGGAACAAGGCAAUUACUAUUGAAAUAAAUCCGGGCGAUACUGAAGUAUCACAUGUUGUGCGAUAUCGUCUGCGCGAUCGAGCCGUUAAUAUUUUACCCGAGUUAUUAAAGCAUCUUUCAUAA